AUGAAAACCUCAUCCAACGUCCUCCGCGCAGCCCUCCUGUCCUCCAUCUUUCAAGCCUCGGAGGCUUUGGUCGGCCUCUCAUGGACUGUCUCCGACGUCUCCAGCUCUGGACUGACUGAUAUCACCUUCCCGAUCUCGAUGCCCGAUGCCCCGCACCAAUCCGGAUACUUUUUCGCACAGCAGUUCAACUUCAACGCCCAGUCCGACAUCGGAUACACCGGACUCCAGCCGCGCCCAGACUCCGACUCUCAGCCCGUUAUUCACGCCGUCUUCUCUAGCUUUAUCAGUGGGACCACCACCGAUGACAGCAACUGCAGCGAUGGUGCUGACGGUGGUCCCGGCGUGAGCUGCUCUGUGGACGUGACUGGGCCCUAUACGGAUGGAUAUCUGCUGAAGAUCCAGAACACCCAGGGCACAACCUGGACCGGGACUCUCGUCGAUGCUACCACGGGUUCUGAGACGCAUAUUGGUACUUACACUCUGCCGUCUGGUUCUGGUGGCAUUGGCGGUUCCCAAGUCGGCUUCGUGGAGUACUACCCUUGGAAUUCGGGUAGUCACUCAUGCAGCGCCCUUCCCGCGACCUCGGUCACUUUCGGCGCCCCAACUACCUCGAGCGGGAACUCUGGGAGUAUUGGGAAGCCCUAUGAGUAUGGCGACUGCGUCGGUAAGGUCGGCUUUUCGACCCAGCAGAGUGGAAGCGAUUACACGGUCAAUGUAGGGUUCUAA